AUGAGCUGCGCCCGGCAGUGCGGCACCUGGGGCAGCGCGGGCAGCCGGGCGGGCACCAUGCAGGGCUCCUCUGCCUCCCCAGGACGGCACGCAGCCUUCGAGCUCGCGGCAGCAGCCGGGGGUUUCUCUGGUGGCAGUUUGGGCGAGGGACUGCUUGGGCAGCAGCUGGGUGUCGGCAGCAUGAGCGGGGGCAGCUUCGGAGCCACCCAGCGGGCCUGUUCCACCCUCGGGUUCAGCACGGGGGGCAUGUGUGCGCGCGGCGUCGGAGGUUUCGGCAGGGCCGGUGAGGGGAUCCUGUUUGCCAACAAUGAGAAGGCGACGAUGCAGAACCUCAAUGACCGCCUGGCCUCCUACCUGGACAAAGUGCGGCUGCUGGAGAGCGAGAAUGCCGAGCUGGAGUGCCGCAUCCGGGAGUGGUACGCCAAGGUGGGCCCCAGCUGUGAGCCGCGGGACUACAGCUGCUUCCACAAGGAGAUUGAAGACCUUCAGAACCAGAUCCUGUGUGCAGCCAUGGAGACCAACAAAAUCCUUCUGAACAUCGACAACAGUCGGAUGACGGCUGAUGAUUUCCGAGCCAAGUAUGAGACUGAGUGCAGCCUCCGGCAGAAUGUGGACGCGGACAUCUGCAAUCUGCGCCCUGUGCUGGACCAGCUGGCCAGCUGCAAGGCUGACCUGCAGCUGCAGUGUGAGGCCGUGACCGAGGAGAUGUGCUGCCUCAGGGCGAACCAUGAGGAGGAAAUGAGCUGCCUGAGGAAGCAAGCGACCGGAGAUGUGAGCGUGGAAGUCAACGCCUGUCCCGGCCCAGACCUGAGGAAGAUCCUGGAGGAGCUGCGCUGUCAGUAUGAGACGUUGAUGGAGCGCAACCGCAAGGAGACGGAGCAGUGGUUUGCCUGCAAGGUGGAAGAGGUGAACCUGGAGGUCAUCACCAGCAGCCAGGAGAUAGAGUCGAGCAACAAACAGGUCACGGAGCUGAGACGCCAGCUGCAGGGCCUGGAGAUCAACGUGCAAGCCCAACUGACCAUGAAAGAAAACCUGGAGUCCUCUCUGGCUGAGACAGAAUGCCGCUACAACAAAUACCUCACUGAGCUGCAGAGCCAGAUCUCCUGCGUGGAGCAGCGGCUGGCAGAGAUCCGGGCGGAGAUGGAGUGCCAGAACCAGGAGUACAAGAGCCUGCUGGACGUCAAGUGCCGCCUGGAGCAGGAGAUCCACACCUACCGCUGCCUGCUGGAGGGCGGGCAGCAGGACAUCAUGUAUGCAGGCUGCAGGCAGAGCCGGGCACAGUGA